AUGACUACAAGAUACACCUGCAAGGCCCACUGGGCUCGCCAUCUCGUCCGCGAGAAGCUCUACCAAGAGAUCAACGCUCUCAGAUCCAGACAUGUGGGCUACGCACCUGGACUGCCCAUGCCGGUCCUUGGGGGUCCGCCUUGCACCCACGACGACCUGCCUCCUGAUGACCAGCUCCCGGGUGAUGGACAAGAAGCCAUGACGCUCCAGUCCGCAGAGGCAAAGACUCGGGCAAUCCCAGAGCGCCGUGUCUGCAUCGUCGGCGCCGGCAUUGCCGGGCUCUACAUCUCCAUGAUUCUCGACGACCUCAACAUACCCGGUCUCACCUACGACAUUCUCGAAGCAAACUCCCGGGUUGGCGGCCGCGUCUACACGCACCACUUCAGCAAGAUGCCGCACGAUUACUACGACAUUGGAGCCAUGCGAUACCCCGACAUCCCGUCCAUGCACCGCACGUUCGAUCUGUUCAAGAGGACGAAGAUGCCUCUGAUCCCCUAUUACCUCGAUGGUGGGGAUGCGUGCCCUAGCCUGUUCAACGACAGGCUCCUUGUCCGCGGAGUCAAGGAUCCCUACCACGUCAGCGUACAGAACGGCGGAUCAGUGCCCGACGAUGUUGUCGACAAUGUCACCGAGCUUCUCGAAGGGGCCUUUGGGCCGUACAAGAAAGCUCUCGCGGCAAACUUCGAAAAGGGCUUUCGCAUGCUCGAGACUGUGGACGACUUCAGCACUCGGGAGUACCUGAAGCGAGGAGGCCCGGAUGGAAAAGAGCCGCACUAUGACUUCUUCAGCAUCCAGUGGAUGGAGACUCAGAACACCUCGAGCGGGCUGUUCGACCAGGCCUUCUCCGAGAGCGUCAUCGACUCGUUUGACUUUGACAAUCCCGUCGGGGACGUGAACUGGUUCUGCAUCGAAGGCGGCACUUCGCUGCUGGUAGGUGCCAUCCUGAAGCAGAUGAAGGGAAAGGUGCAGAUCAACAAGCGCGUCGAGGCCAUCACGAUCGACAAGCACGCACAAACCGAGGGCAACGUGGCCGUCAAGUGUGCCGGCGAGCCGUCCCCUCGCGGCGGGUACAGCACCGUCUUCAGCACCACCUCGCUGGGCUGCCUCGCGCGCGUGGACCUGCGCUCGCUGGAGCUCCACCCGUCCCAGAAGGACGCCAUCCGCAGCCUUCACUACGACGACUCGGCCAAGGUGGCGCUCAAGUUCAAGUACCCGUGGUGGAUCGUCGACAGCAAGAUCACGCAGGGCGGCGUGGCGUCGACCGACCUGCCGAUCCGCACCUGCGUCUACCCGUCGUACAACCUCCACGACGGCAGGGACAAGGAGGCCGUCCUCCUCGCCUCGUACACCUGGGCACAGGACGCGACGCGCAUCGGCUCUCUGGUCGGCGGCGCCCAGAACGCCCCUUCCGAGGCUGAGCUCGUGGAACUCAUCCUGCAGGACCUCGCCCGUCUGCACGCCGGCUCCGGCAUGACGUACGACAAGAUCAAGAGCGCGUACACCGGGGUGCACCACGCCUUCUCGUGGACGCACGACCCCUUCACCUCGGGCGCCUUCGCGCUCUUCGGACCGGGCCAGUUCAGCAACCUGUACCCUUACCUGUCUCGGCCGGCCGCGCAGGCCAAGUUCCACAUCGUGGGCGAGGCGUCGAGCGCGCACCACGCGUGGAUCGUGGGGUCGCUGGACAGCGCGUGCGCGGCGGUCUACCGGUUCCUCCGGCGGUUCGAGCUCUGGGAGUACAUGGCCCUGCUCGAGGAGAGAUGGGGCCUACCCGGUGAGGUGGAGAAGGGCAGAAACGGGACGGUCCAUCUGCAGAAUGCGCUGGGCAUGCUCCAGAAGGGCGAGCAUGUCCAGGUCUGA